CAUGAAGAGAAGUUUACAGGCCCUCUAUUGCCAACUGUUAAGUUUCUUCCUGAUCUUGGCACUGACUGAAGCACUGGUAUUUGCCGUCCAGGAAUCAUCUCCCAGGGAAUCUCUUCAGGUCCUCCACUCAGGCACGACUCCAGGCACCAUGGUGACAGCACCCCCCAGCUCCUCAGUGGUGGCUGUCCCUGCCUCUGUGGCAAUGCUUUCACCCCAUGUUGAUGGACCCUCCUCACAGGCCACAGCACCCAUGGCGACAACGAUGCCCCAUCUAGACAGACACCCUCCUACAAAUACCAUCCCUACCAUCAUGGUGACAGAAACUGCCCCCCAUUCUGAAGGCCUGCUGUACACUGGGCCCCCUCCUGCUGCCAUGGCAACCACAUCCACCCACUCAGAGGACCACCCCCCAGGAGAGGCUGUCCCCACCAUCCUGCUGACAAAGCCAAUGGGAGCCACCAGCCGCCCCACCACAGCAGGCCCCCGGUCUACUACACGCAGGCCCCCAAGGCCACCAGGCUCUUCCCGAAAGGGAGCACGUAGUUCAUCACGCCUGGUCCCACCUGCGUCCAGUGGCCACUCGGGGAGGAAGGAAAGCCAGCGAGGGCGAAAUCAGAGCUCCACACAUCUGGGGCAGAAGCGGCCUCUGGGGAAAAUCUUUCAGAUCUACAAGGGCAACUUCACAGGGUCUGUGGAACCAGAACCCUUUGCCCUCACCCCCAGGAACCCACUCCAGGGUUACUCCUCCUCACCACAGCCCCAGACAGUGGCCACAACCACAGCGCCCAACGGUACCUCAUGGGCAUCAUCCACCACCCCCCUGGUGCCUGCAGAGAACAAGUCAGGCCUUAGCAGAACAGACCAGGAGGGUGGUCCCGCCUUCACCAGCCAAGGAGGGGAGCUGAAUGCCACAGCAGCCUCAGGUGCCCCCGCCAGUCCACAACUUGCCCCAGUGCCUUCUCAGCGCCACCGUGGUGACCCACAGGACAGCCCCAGCCACAGUAAUUCCUUGCUUACUGUCAUCCCUGGCACCAACAGACCUCUGUCUGCCAGCUCUGGGGUCUUCACAGCUGUCCCAGGGCCCACCCAGGCUGCCUUCGAUGCCAGUGUCUCAGCCCCUUCCAAGGGGAUUCCUCAGGGAGCAUAUACAACCCCACAGGCCCCAACCCACCCCCCUGGGGUCUCAGAAAGCACUGUUUCCCAAGCUAAGGAGGAGGCUGCGGCCACCUCCUCCAUGACUGGCAGAGUGCCCAGUCCUCUCUCCACAGUGGUGUCCACAGCCACAGGAAACUUCCUCAACCGCCUGGUCCCCGCCGGGACCUGGAAGCCUGGAACAGUAGGGAACAUCUCUCAUGUGGCCGAAGGAGACAAACCCCAGCACAGAGCCACCAUCUGCCUGAGCAAGAUGGACAUCAUCUGGGUGAUCUUGGCCAUCAGCGUGCCCAUCUCCUCCUGCUCUGUCUUGCUGACAGUGUGCUGCAUGAGGAGGAAGAAGAAGACAGCCAACCCGGAGAACAACCUGAGCUACUGGAACAACGCCAUCACCAUGGACUACUUCAACAAGCAUGCUGUGGAGUUACCAAGGGAAAUCCAGUCCCUUGAAACCUCUGAGGACCAGCUCUCAGAGCCCCGCUCCCCAGCCAACGGUGACUACAGGGACACUGGGAUGGUCCUUGUGAACCCUUUCUGUCAAGAAACACUAUUUGUGGGCAACGAUCAAGUGUCGGAGAUCUAG